AUGGCAGAGCCAGUCUCAGUCCUCGAUGUACUCGAUUCCAUUCCCUUCGCACCCGAGAGACCUACACCACAUGGCACUCAGGCAGCAAGACGCUGGACAAGCCUUCUCUUCGACAUUCUCCUUCACCCGGCUCGCUGGCACAAACUCGGCUUGGCAGUUCAAUGGGCCAAAUGGGUGGAAUGGGAGGGCGGACUCGACCUCAAGGGACCUAUUCGCACACCAGGAGUCCUUCACCUUCAAAACCCACUCCACCCUUUCGCUUUGAAUCAAUUGCUCAAUCUCUUGGACUUUUCGCUUCUGGAUAUCGAGACCCUCAUCGGAUGUGCUGACACUGGUGACUGGACAUGUUUAUUCAAGGAGAUCGAUCCAUCGAACGCAGUGACAGACAAUGCCAAGAUCCGGGAACAGGCUGCUCAGUCACUUCAGCACCUGUGCCUGUUGGCGUUCUAUCUCCGACAGGGUCUUUGCUCCUUGGCGGGCAGCAGCAGGAGCAUGAGGGCCGAUCCGAGGGAGCAAGCAGAGGAUGCGCAGAUCCAGGACCUUAUUGCCAGGAUCCUUCGCAAUGACAAGGCCACAGCAGUCGCGGCUGCAAACGGGAUCUGGUACCAGGCAUUCUCAGGACAAGCCCUCCGACUCACUCCACAGCAGGACCCUUGCAAUUCUGCCUUACCCUCAAAGUUAUCCGUCAUAUUGAACGAGGUGUUGGAAGCUAUCAGGAUGAGCAAGCUCCGCAAGGACGGCUGGACAGAUCCUGCCCAAACAGACAACCUGACCGACCAGCAAUUUCAACAGCUUGGAAAGCUUCUCUCGACCAGCUUUUUCACCAUCAUGGAAUUCGCAGAUGUCAGCGUGUUCUUGCCGGUCGAGAACGUUGUUUUGCUUAGCCGAUUUGCAUCUCAGCUUCCCGCUUCAUGGUACUCGGAUGAUUUCCUCAGGACAACGAUCCGCUUGGCCAAGAGAUAUAUUUCAACAGAGCAACAGGACAAGGUCCGCGUCCCGAUCCAGGUCCAGGGCUUGGUCGCCAUCACAACUCUUUGGUCAUUCUGGAUGCGCAAAACUGGAGCAGGAGAUGCCAAUGUUUUGGGUCAGGAGUUGAUCGAGGUCAUGGCGCAGGUCCUUUCUAUUCCUUCAUUGUUCACGGGACCGGAGUCCAGAGGCCUCUUUGGAACAUGUUUCUCUGGAUUGGCGACUGGACUCGACAAAUGGGCAGGUCUGAUGGAACCCAAGAUCGUGGAGGGUCUCGCGUCAGGACUGGAGCGAGGGCGUCUCAGCGCAGAAGACUCGGACAUGGACGCCGUUCAGGCCGGUUUGGCUACUGUGCUCCGUUCAAACAUUGUGAACGAUACCCCCGACUCGAUCAAGAAGCUGGUGACGGCAUUCCUCCAGUCAUUCUACGGAGGAGUCUCUUCCGCAACAUUACCCAUGGCUAUUAGCAGUCUUGAUGAGCUCCUCCAGAUUCAGAGGCUCUUCCAGUUUGUCGUAACCCAAAAGGCUGGACUUGUUGCCGUCAAGGAUGAAAACGAUGGCAAGAAGAAGCGGAAAAAGAGAAAGCCCAAAAAGGCGGUUGUUCUGAAGGGUCAGCGUUGGUUCGAAGCCUUGGUUCAAGGGAUUCAGGAUAUCUCUCCCUCGAACACCCUUUCCGGUCUUUUAGCUAUUGCCGGUAUUCUGCGCGCUAUCCAGCAUGGCGAGGAUGAUCCUCUUAAGGUUGACGAGGAGAGCUUGGUGCUGAUUCAAGAUCUGUUUGUCACUCGGUUGAAUGGACUAGUUGAUACGAUCAAAGCAGAGGAUAAGAGAUGGACCGUCUCCUCUCAGACUCAGGCGUGCUUGGUCUUUGCCACUUGCCAGACGGUUCCCAACCUCCCCGCCUGCAAACUAGAGGCUCUGGAUCGUCCCUUCUUGACGUCUCUUCUGGUUGAUUACAUGCUUCAACCCAACGAGGGAGUCAUCCCUGUGAACGAGAUCAUCCGAGUCAUCAACUACGAGCUCGCGCGGGAAAGGAAUCGUCUUGUUGUGAACGGUCCCUCGCAUGCUCUGUUGGCCAAAACUGUCAGAGGACCCCUUUUCUCUGAAAUGGGUCGUGUGGCGCGGACAGUGGCCACGUUGAUAGAGAACAUGGACAGCAAGGACCACGGAAACAGGAGUCACUGGGGUGAGAUCGAGGAUGUGUUGCAGAAGCUUCACUCGUUUGCCAUCAACCUGCAUGUCGACUGGUCUCGAUGUGCGCUGUCACAGGCAGAUUCGUUUAUUGAGCGUGCCGAAGGCAACAGGACUAGUGGAUUGGACGCAGAGACGACCAAGUCGACCGGAAUGCUGUUCCAAGUCUUCAAAACGUUGCUCUUUGCGUAUACCAUGAUCUUUGGCGCCAUUGUUGAGAAGUCUACAUCUGAUCCACUCCCUGUGGGAGUUGUUUCGCAUUUGGAUUACCUGAUUCUGGACAGCUAUGCCUACGUGUUCUUCAUCACCUAUAAGCUCGGCCCCGGAGGAUUCCAAGUGUACGAGGAGCUUGUUACGUCGAUUCUGACAAGGAUGAUCAUGUCUGAAGAGCACGCUUCAGCUUUGGUUCAGCUACAGGCAGAUCAGGACAAGGACGGUCACCCCAACCGCCACAUCCUCCUCAACAAGACGCUCAAGGCAAUGAUGCCACGUGCAGAACUUGGAUUCCACGACCCAGUCAUGGAGAGCCGGACACUAUUCUUUAUGAACCUGCUGGAGCGCGUCAUGGUAACGAUCGACGAGACCCUGUUGGAGAAGCAGCUGUUGCCGUUGGUGUACCCUUACUUGCUCAAGAACGACCAGCGCGAUCUUUUCGAGUCGGCCCAUUCGGUCGUGAUGUCUGUCUUCUUGACCAACAAGCGGAUCGCACAGCAGGUUGCGCCAUUCUAUUCCAACUUGUUGAUCCAGCACUUCCCAGAGCAGAUUAAUAUCGACCAGCUGAGGGCUGCCUUCACGACCAUGAUUCGCUCUCUUUCGGGAACGGAGGAUGCGCUUGCAUGGCUCUGUGUCGAGAAGCUCCUUGAGAGGAUACAGCAGUAUGAUGAUGACCUUGCGGAGGCAACGGCUACGGUCCAGGCUGAAGUCGAGCGGCGCGAGGGCGAGAGGGCAUUGGUUGAGAUUGCUACCUCUGUGCAGCAGAAUCUGGGGCCUCAGGAGUCUGCGACCCAUCUGCCCUCCCUUGGCACCCAGAACUAUGAUACUGCCACUACCGCCUCGGCAGCAUUGACAACACCACAAGCCAUCCUGGAGCGCCAGAAGGAGCGGGGCCAAUUGCUGUUGGCUCUGUUUGACCAACUGUCUAGUCUGAACCUAGUCUUUGUCGAGACGUUGGGACUCAAGAUCCGGGAACUGAUUGUCAAGGAGCCCAGCCCUGUUGGACGGAGAGCGCUGUUGAAGUGUCUGCUGGAUGUGAUUGGCGGACCUGCGGUUGAUCAUACCAAGCGCGAUUGGGCUGUCAAGUGGUACCUUGGUCUUGCCAAUGAGUUUGGACAGAAGGGUUCCUCGUCCUCUUUUACUUCUUCCAAGAGUGCUGGAGCCGCCUCUCGUCCUGCUCAUGCACAGUAA